CUUAACACUCAGUAAUUCUAUUCAUCUCAAUGGCUGGAGCCUCCAAUAAAAGGUCAAUGGAAACCACUAGCAGAAGAAUUCGUCUGAGUGAUUUGACGGACCAGGACAAACAGUUGGCGAGGGAAGUGUGGCUGCUGAUAGAACAAGACUAUUUCGUCGUCAGCACAGCAUUGUUUAAAGAACUAUUCGACAGGCACCCUCACGUCAAAGAAUACUUCGCAUCUACCUUCGUGAAUGGAAACUGGAACACACCGGCGUUCAAGAACCACAUGAUCAACGUGCUGAUGCCUACACUAAGGCAGGUCCUGUGCUUGAUGGACAACACAAGUGAAGUGACAAAAAUCCUGCAGGACUUGGGGAAGAAACACAAACAGAUGCAGAAGGGAAUCACCCCUGCAGACACGGAUGCGUUGAGAACCGUGUUGAUGUUCGUGUUGAAGGAUUACCUCGGAAAUACCGCGACGGACGCACAUUUAGCGGCAAUGGACAAAGUGUUGCGGGCGGCAUUUUGUAUCUUCAAUGAUCAGUUGUGAUUUGGUGGCGAGUUGAGAGAAGUGUUGGACAAGUGCAUUUUGGUGUAUUUGGAAGAUUCCUUUAAAUAAUGUUUUGUCAGUUAAGUGAGUAUGGUUUAUUAGUAGCUAAAAUAGUAGAGAUGUUAUGAGAAUAAAUACAAUUGAAGUUGUUUUGUUGCAAACAAUAUUGAAAUAACAAUUUAUGUUUA